UCGACAGUCGUAGGCGGUACAAAUCAGUCCAAGUGCAUGUCCUGAUGAUGUCUACUGCCACGAUGGCCGAGGAUGCUGAGCCAAACGAAAAUUCCAGGAUGAAUAGCGAUGAAAAAAGCCUCGACGAGGUCAAUAGUCCUGUCCCAGUGCCAAAUGAGAAUGACGUUGGUAUCGUUGGGUUCGAAGCUAGAGAAGUGAUAUCGAGGCUUGAAGAUGCUGUCGAGAGAGCUGCUGACGGUGGGGGCAUUACCUGGGACAAUCACCUGGGGUUCCUCACACAGUCCAAGAGUCCUGAAACUGUAUUACAGCUCAUACAGGACCUAGUGAUCCACGAAGAUGCGCCCCAAAGUGUGGAAUGCGAUUCGCAGGACCCACCACCAGCUCAUCUGACGAACCUUCCGCCCCUGACGGAAGCAGCAAAGCUGUCUCUCGUGACACAUUCAGUCUCAGCAUAUGCUGUUGCCCUUCCCAGGGCCCAUGCACAAAGAUUAGCUGCACGUCUGGCAGCAGACACCACGAGAUGGUUAAGUCACAUAUUCAGAUUCGUCGACUGCGCCUCGUCCUUCCACGAGGACCACCUCGAGGGUCUCGUCAGAGUUACGAGACUCGCACUCCACAGGAAGUAUCCAAGGUACAUGGAGGAUGGAUUCACAGCCCUCACCGCUGCUCCACCCCUUAUUUACAGCUCCGUGGCUGCACCACUUGGAGUCGUUCAACAUUUAUGUAGACAACUAUCCCUGCCUCUGCACUGCGUGCGACCGAUUCCCCAGACGACGAUGUUCGGCUCACGACAGGUGAUGGACGUGGCAGCCCUGGAAAGAAGGCUCUCAGAAGACAGUCAAUCGAGCAAUGUGACACCCCUGCUGGUCCUGGGUGAAGUUGGUUCAGCGAUAACAGGUCACUGCGACAAUGUGACUCGUCUCCGUGAGAUCUGCGACAAAUAUAACGUAUGGCUGCAUCUACGAGGGCACUCCCUAGCGGCCCUGGCCUUCAACACUUCGCCAAAGGAUCUGCCCUCGAAGCUCGCAGACAGUAUAACUCUCCCCCUGGGAGUGUGGCUGGGCAUUCCCUCCUUGCCAGUAGUCACCCUCUACAGACUAACCGACACCAAAGGGGGUAAACCCACGUCCCGGGAUACAACCCUCUCCUUAGUCUCCGGUCUUAUGGUUGAAUCCCUUUCCAGACGCCUACCAACUCUUCCCCUGUGGGCUGCCCUCCAGGUUCUCGGGCGCGAGGGUAUCCAGAGUCGCUUCAAAAAGUGCUUCCAGGUCAUCGAAGACCUCUACAACAGAAUUAAAAAAUUCGAUAACAUAAAAUUUCUCAGUCAAAUUCCUGGUGGAGCUGAGGGAACGCAAGAGAAUGGCAGAUGGACGAUCAACGAUUUAACGACAAAUCCGGUGAACAGUCCACAGUUGUUUGAAGUUAUAUCGAGUGCACUGGUGUUCCAGUACGUUCCCACAACGCCUUCCAACUCCCAGGAAGGCGAGUAUCAUUCACUACCAGAGAGAAUACCACCGUAUUAUGACAAAUUGAACUCAUGGUUGGGCCAGAUACUUCAAAGAGAUAUCGAAAACGUUCCCAUAGAGCUCUGUGAGAUUGAGCAAUACGGAGUGGCCAUCAGGAUCUGCUGCCUAGAGAAUAUCGGACCUGCUCCGUCAUCUGAGGACAUGGACAACGUGAUUGCCUGCCUGGAGCAGCAGAUUGAAAUUUUGAAUGCAACUGUGGAGCACAAGGAUACGUUUAUGAGACUUGUUACGCAGAAUGAUUCACUUCAUCUUGUAGAGAUGCCUGGGUGGGCUGGUCUUGGUGGAGUUCGAUAUGCACCACCUACGUGGAUUCAGAUUAUGACGGAGCAGACGAAGGAGGAGCUCAACAGGCUGAAUAUGCAGCUGGUGGAGGCGCUGAGGAGCACUGAUGCUGCAUUCUCCUUGGGAGAGGGAGCGGAUGGUUUGGCUUGUGUUAGAUUUGGAAUGGUAACACAGGACACUGAUGUCUCAGAACUACUUUCCCUGGUGCUUCAGGUUGGCCAGGAGGUUGAGGCCAGCUCUAAACUCCUUGAUACCAUGUCGGAGGUCGUUAAGAGGGGCAUUGAGGCUGCACAAACUGAUCUUGAACGAGAGAAUGCUGAGAAACUCUGGCAGGAGGGCAUCCUUAGGCAUGUUCCAGUCGUUGGGACAUUAGUCAAUUGGUGGAGUCCGCCUGCCAAGGAGGCUGGGGUACGUGGUAGGAGUCUCAAUCUACAGGCUGGGGUUGUUGAGUCUACUGAGAAUAUAUACAAGUACCAUAUGCAGCUUCAGCCAAAUUCAACGAGCAAUAAUUCGGGAGCGAGGACACCACCGCAACCACUUAUUCAGACCCCUGUGGGUGCUGGCAGCCAAAGCCACAGCCGAUCCUCGAGCCACUCCAGUCUUCAGAGUGGGAAGGGAGUGCCACUUGUUAAUAAUUCAAAUUUACCACAGACUGUUGUCAAAGAGGAAGUGCCCGAGUUACCGUCGUAGUUGGAUUUCAUUAAUUUUGGUGUGAAGUUGUUUUUUUUUUUUGGGAGUCGAGAGACCUUUUGCUGAAUUAAAGCAGACGAAAUUAAUUCCGAGUAGAUGUAAAAAUUGAAUUUUUAUUUUAAUCAGUGUAAUUAGCGCUUUGCUUGCGUUUUCUUUUCUGAUUAUUAUGAAAAUUGGGGGAAAAAUUAUUCGAUGCGGAUUUUUCCUUUUGAUUAAUCAGGAAUCGUCAUAGUAUUACAUAUUUUUGCAUGAUUUUAUCGAAGGAAGUAAUUUAUUUAAGAAUUUUGUUCUGGAUAUUUUACCGCUUUUGAUAACUCUCAAGAUAUUGAAAAAAGGGAUUGUAUUAUUAAUUUCGUCAAUUUUUUUUUGUGGUAAAAGAUCUCGAGAGGUUGAAGCUGGUUGUUUCUUUCGAAUUUCCCUUUGUAAAUUUUAUCCCGUUGCAAUUGCAUCAGCAAUAAUUCCGCAUAGAAAGCUUCUCAAUUAUCACAUGGCUUAAUGUACUUAGGAUCAUAACGCUCGAUUCCAAUUUCCAUUCUUUUAGUUAUUGCACUUAUUAUUCAAAGUUAUUUGAAGUUCUUCAAAUUGAUUUUAAUGCACUGUUCCACUUGCAUAAUUGCUAUAAUCAUGGCCAACGAAUUAAUUCCUUACAAGAGUUUUAUUUUAUUCAGUAGAUUAAACGGGAAAAGUCCUCAUAAGUUGUCAGAAUUUUAAUAUUCUCUUUAUGUUGUAUUAUCAUUUAUUCUUUUUGUAAUCCAAUUAUUUUUCAAUGUGCAAUUUAUUCCUAGUGCAUAAGCACAUUAAUAACUAGCUAUUAAUUAUCAAGCACAAUUAAACAGUUUAAACUCAUAAUAAAUAAUGCGAAUCGUGUGAUAUAAACAUGAAUAACUGAAUUCAUCACCAAAGAUCUGGCCUCGCGUUCAAUCAGUCAAUUUAGAUGAUUCCGAUGAUUUGCACAUUCAUUUCUCCUCCUGACGAGAGUUGAAAA